CCUACUACCACCACCAAGGCUCAAUGCGACAUCGCGUAAUCUUCCCCCUCGUUAUCCCGCGCCACGUCCCUCACUUGUCCCACAAAUUUCAAAUUACUCCAUCUCUUCCGCCGAUCCCUCUUAUUUUUCACUCUUCCAGUUGAAUCUUGUCUGAAACAAAGAUAAUUAAAAAAAAACCCGAUUAUAGAUCCGAUUAAAUAUUAAUUGGGUUCAUUGAUUUCUUAUUUGAUCAUGUCGAUUUAAGAAGGGACAGAGUAAGGGAAGGUUUGGAUCGAAGCGUCGAGGUUUUUAUUAGAUAUCAAGUAAUUCAGAAGGGGGAGAGAGUUGGGAGAUGAACGGAAUAGGAAGACAGGGGCAGAGAUCUACUGCGGCGGGUUUACAGGUGCACCAUCAGAGAUAAGACAACAUUCGGAUAAUUUAUUCCAAACGACGUCAUACGGAAGUUGGCUUCAGUCUACUGGUUUCAGCAUAUUCACUCUCCUAACAACUCUGCUCCUCCACUUCAGGUUCCCGUAGACUCAUUGUUUGUGAGUUUCUUAUUUGUUUUGAGAGCAGGAUUGUGCCUUAUAUGGCGGCGGAGGAGGAGAAGAAGGUGGACUAGGAUCUAGAAUGUAUAGAAAUGUCCGGAGGGGUUCUAAUGCGGGCAAUGACUUUUCCAUGGAGCAUACGACUCCUCCAUUUAGUUCUCUACCGUCAGGCCAGAGGAAGAAUGGUGAAGAAUCACCUAGUGACUUUAGUCCUGGUCUCAUAGAUCUGCAUUCUUUUGUUACGGAGCUUCUGCCUGAGGUGCGCAAAAGACCUCUUAAUAAAAAGGGGUUAGCAAGGAAUGAGGAAGAUAUUAUAGAGACAGUUUCCAAUUCUCUAGUAGUCCAUGAGACUAAACUUAAGGUUGACCUAACAGAGCACUUGGAGCAGCAUGAAUUUGUUUUUGAUGCUGUGCUGAAGGAGGAGGUCUCAAAUGAUGAGUUGAGUGCUUAUUGGUGGAUAAAGGAGGCAUAUAUUACGAGACAUGGAUUUCCUAGAAUGAUUGUUUUCUUUAGCUUAACUUAGUCAAGCUUAUUUUCCGUCGGUUUAUCGUGAAACUGUCGAGCCCGUAGUUCCUAUGAUUUUUUCAGCGCACAAAAGCUACUUGUUUUGCAUAUGACCAAACCGGGAGUGGAAAAACCUAUACUAUAAAGCCACUUCCCCUUAAAGCUUCUCGGGAUAUCUUGAGGUUGAUGCACCAUACUUACAGGAACCAAGGGUUUCAGUUGUUUGUGAGCUUCUUUGAGAUAUAUGGAGGGAAAUUAUUUGAUCUCCUCAGUGAUAGGAAGUAAGUUGGUGUAAGCAUUCUCUUCAUCUAAUCAGUGCUAUUUGUUUUAUUCGCUGAUAGCUAAGCUUUUGUUCUGCUGAAAACUUUUCAUGCUGGAGGACGGUAAGCAACAAGUUUACACGGUAGGUCUGCAAGAGUACUGACUACUGAGUAUCAGAUGUAGAGACUAUAAAGGAGCUUAUUGAGAAAGGAAGUGCCACAAGAAGUACUGGUACCAGUGGUGCAAAUGAGGAAUCUUCCCGUUCUCAUGCCAUACUUAAGCUUGCUAUCAAGAGAUCUGUUGAUGGUACUGAAUCAAAGCCUCCCCGUCUUAUGCAAAUCCUCGUUUAUAGAUCUGGCUGGAAGUGGAAGAGGUGCAGAUGCUACAGAUAAUGAUAAGCAGACAAGGUACAGAGAAAUCUUUCAAUUGCAAAAUGAUAUAGACCAGAUUGAGUUGCAGAGCUGGAUAUGUUGAUGCACUGGUGAUUAUAGCUGAAAUAAAAAGGAAGUGUUUUUAGUAUCUGAUAUAUAUUGUAAUUUGUCUGUUAGACAAUAUUGGAAAGUAGAUGUUAUGCCAAAUAGUCAACAGUUUCUGAAUC